AUGACGAGCAUCGAAGACGCAAGGAUUGGGACUCGGGUUGUGUUGUCCGUCGAGGCACGCAGCAAGUGCCCGCACGAACUGCUUCCCAUCCCUGGCUACGUCAAGUGGGUUGAAGGCACGGGGUGGGUGAAGAUAGAGGUCAGGCGCGGCGACAAGGUAGUUGCAAGGCAACAUAUCGGCGAUCACAUAUACCAGGAGCUGGGAAUCCCGACGCAACCCUUCGCACCAACAGCGCCUGCAUCUCCGGACGUAGUAGCCGACAACAACAGCGAUGGUGGAGGAGAUGGCGCACAGGAAGCAGGCGAGGAAGCUGCGAAUGAUGGCGACGAUGGUGCUGCGGAUGACGAAGAAGAAGAGAACCAGGAGGGCAGCCAGAGGGAGCUGCUGUGA